CCGCAAACACUGGCCGUACCGGCCAAUGGCGUCUGUGCGGUGCGCGUGUGCCGCAGAGGUCAACGAUGUGCCUUCCCCAACGGGGUCGAUUCGCGUGUCUGCUGAACUUGAGCUUUGCAUCUGCAUGAGCUACCAUGAGUGAAGAGUGAGCUAGUCAACCAUGAUUCUGCGCCCGUGUGCUUCGAUCGCCGGCACCCUGCUGUCGGUGGGCAAUGUCGCCUUGGGACCGCCGUGUUAUCGUGGCGGUCUGCUUACGCGACCGCUGUCGACGUCCCGAGUGCGGCUGUUUUUCGGGCGGCGGAAGCCUCCGGAGGAGGCGUCGUUGGCGCUGCGCGAGAGCCUGUUCAGGAACGAGGAUGAGCGCAACCGCCGGGGUUUCGUCGAGGUCAUCGAGCGCUUCAAGUUGGGCAACGAGAACCGCCGGGGACACGUCGAGUUCAUCAACGUGGCCACGCGGUUCGUCACCGAGUUCAACGUCGAGAAGGACCUGGAGGUGUACAAGAUGCUGUUCGACCUGUUCCCCAAGGGGAAGUACACGCCGCGCAGCAUGGUGCAGGCCGAGUUCUUCCACUUUCCCUACCACCAACACUGCGGCGUGCGCCUACUGGACACCAUGGAGUCGCACGGUGUGCUGCCCGACCGGGAGAUGCGGCAGAUGGUGCUGGACACGUUUGGCUUCCACAGUGAGGUGUUCAAGAAGCUUGCCCGCAUGAUGUACUGGAUGCCCAAGUUCAAGCACAUGAGCCCCUUCCCGCUGCCCAACCCGGUGCCUCGGGAUCCCUACGAGCUGGCCCAGCUGGCCAUCAAGCGCAUGUGCGUCGACAUCCAGACCAGUGUGACCGUGCAUAGAGCAAAAGAAGAAGUGCCUGAGGCGGUGGAUGACACAUGGGUAGUGAGCGGCCAGUCACCACAACAACAGGAACUCAUAGAGCAACAUCCAACAGACAAGCCAAUCCGGAUUGAAGGCCCAUUCUCCAUAUACCUCCGCAGCAGUGCCAUCUCCUACUUUUUGUUGCGAGCCGAGCCAACACCAAUCCGAGUGGUGGAGAUAGACUCUGAUGGUGAGUGGACACUGGUCUGA